AUGUCCCUGUUCGGUUCCUCCCCGAAGGAUCCUGCGCCGCUCGAAUCCAAGUCGCUCUUUGGCGAAGGAGCGUCUGCUGCUCCGUCUGCCUCCUCGCUCUUUGCCGACGAUGACGGCGGUGAAUCGCCGUGGUCAAUGCCAGCACCGAAGAGGGCAGCCCGGCAGAAUCUGGUUAAGAAUCUCCUUCCUGCUACUGAUGUCCCGGAGUACUAUGUCGAUGCGUACGAUCUUGUCCUGAACGCAAAUGAGCGGACCGGGGUCGGGAUUAGCCUGGGCGCGGUUGUAAAGGUUCUGGAGAGCAGCAACUUGAGUGAACAGGAGCAGCAGAAGAUCCUAGAGUUUGUGAUACCUGGUGGCCAUGAAAGUGUCAAUGGAGUUGGGAGGAGCGAGUUCAAUGUCCUCCUCGCUCUCAUAGGAUUGGCACAAGAAGGCGAAGACAUUACCCUCGAUGGGGUCGACGACAGGAGGCGGAAACUGCCCAUACCAAAAGUGGCGUAUAUCGACCAGCUGCGGGCAUUAAGUCAAUCGCAGACGAGCUCUCCCCAAGCUGCCAAACCACUCCCGGUGAAACCUCAAAAGACCCGGCAGGAUUCUUUCGGCGGUGACCCCACGGCAGACCCUUGGGCAAGUCCUUCGAACAACCAAUUACCACCUCCUUCGGCAGCAGCUCAUACCAUAGCAGCCAGCGGUGGAAGCGAAAACAGUGCAAAGAACGGCCUGAACGGGGUCGCAAGGACGACAAGUGCAUUCACUACUGGAGGUGAUAACACCAACAGUGGCACCGGCUCUCCCCAAGAGACCUUGUCGGCGAGUGCAGGUGCCGAGUGGAGCAGCUACAAUGGCAGCUCGACAGGCUUCUCAGAACAGCCAACACUUGGUGGAGGAUUUGGCCAACCGGGGGACGAUCAGCCCAAUCGCGAGCCCCCAAAUGCGCAAACUUCUAUCUCUCAGAGCAUCACGAUACCGCCUGGGACCGGCGAGAGCGUGACCGUUACCAUGCUCCCAGACAAGGAGGGCAUGUUCCUAUUUCAACAUCACAACUAUGAGGUUAAAACGGUGAGAAGAGGAAGCACUGUUGUCCGACGAUACAGCGACUUUGUAUGGCUCCUCGACUGCUUACAAAAGAGGUACCCCUUCCGGCGGUUGCCUCUUUUACCUCCAAAGCGAGUACAAGUGAAUGGGACACAUCUUGCAGCCGACGCAGCAGUCUUCUUAGAAAAGCGAAGACGCGGCCUGGUUCGUUUCACAAAUGCACUAGUCCAGCAUCCCGUUUUGAGCCAGGAGACCCUAGUGGUGAUGUUCCUCACCGUCCCAACAGAGCUCGCAGUAUGGCGGAAGCAAGCCACUAUAUCAGUGCAGGAAGAAUUUACUGGCAAAGCUCUGCCGCCUACGCUAGAAGACAGCUUGCCGAGUUCCCUGCCUGAACUCUUCGAACAGGUUCGCGCUGGAGUGAAGCGCUCGGCGGAAAUAUACAUCAACCUCUGCGUUCUUCUCGAACGUCUGGUCAAACGAAAUGAAGGACUUGCUUCAGACAAUUCCAGGUUCAGUCUUGCACUCUCGCAUCUGACCGAGUUUACCAACGAUACCUAUGCCAUUGAUACGAACGAUGUCCCGCUGUUAAACGAGGGCAUCAGUUCGACUGCGAAGCAUCUGGCAAAUACCCAGACCUUGCUAGAGGACGAAGCUAGAUCAUGGGAUACUGGAGCGCUAGAGGACUUCAAAGCCAUCCGCGACCAUUUCGUUGCCAUGCGUGACAUGUUUGACCGGCGGGAUCGGUAUGCCCGCGACAACAUUCCACAGUUGGAAAAGCGCAUUGAGGCAGCAGAACGCAAACUACAGCAAUUGCGCCAAAAGCCGCCCGGGCAAGUAAAGCCUGGCGAGAUCGAGAAAGUCGAGAGCAGCAUCCUGUCUGAUAAGGAGAGCAUUGUUCAGCAGCAUGCUCGCGGCGUGUUCAUCAAGGAGUGCGUACGGGACGAGAUUGUGACGUUCCAAUCCACCAUCUAUGCCAUCAGCCGGUUACAUCAAGACUGGAGUCAGGAGCGAGUCAAAUAUGCAGAGUUACAGGCAAGCAACUGGAGGAGUCUAGUAGAUCAGGUUGAGAGCAUGCCGGUAGGAGACUGA